AUGUCCGAGGAAGAGAAGAAUUUGUUGUUUGAGGCGGCCGCGCGAACGCGAUGGCUGGAGACGUACCGCACGCUGGACCUUUUGCUUCCGCGAGCGUCGCCCACCUCCCUGGACGUACAGCAUGCGCGAAGGCUCAUCGAUGCCGAGCUUGCUGGAGUCCACCUCCUGGCUUCAGCACUGAACGAAAGGCGGAAUGAACUUGCUUUGCCAGCUUUACUGCCUCCGGAAGUUUUGGCCCUCAUAUUCAACUGGUUGGCGGCCAUAUAUCCUAUGUCCCUGCAGGCGCCAGGGACUUCCAGACGGACAUCGCUCGGCUGGGUCACAGUAUCGCAUGUGUGUCGGCGCUGGCGCAGUGUCAUCCUUGACCAACCAUCUCUUUGGGCGCAUCUCACUCCGGACGGACAGCAGCCAUGGAAGACAUUCUUGGAUCGCGCGAAAGAGGUCGCGCUCUUUGUCAAAGGCCCCCUCAAGGUCUUUGCGAACGGAGAGACUCGUGUGCCCUUCAUAUUGGACCAUCGACACCACAUCGAAGAGCUCGUGCUCUCAGACAUACGAUCGCCCCAGUUGCAAGCACUUGCACAUGGCUUGGACAGCCCUUGGCAACGCCUUCGAGUGCUCUCGCUCUCACGCUCACCUGGUGGCUUCUCGCCCGAUAUCUCGCUUCCUGCCGGACUUUUGACCGACUACGCGCCCGAUCUUGAGGAGCUGAUACUGUACGGUAUCCGUUUUCCUUGGGGCGAGGGUUCUCGCAGACUCAAGAAGCUCGUCUAUCAACAGCCUACUACUAGGUCUUACGGUGGCAAUCCGCCGCCAUCAUACGACCAUACCUUCCCUGAAGUGUUGCAAACGUUGCGACAGAUGCCGUCGUUGAGGAUCUUGAAGCUAGUCAACGCUCUGCCGGAUAUAACUAGAGACUCACAUCCAGAAGCCAUCGCCCUACCCCUCGAGGAACUCUGUAUCACCAACAGCUACGAUACCUCCUGGCAUCUUUGGUCACAGCUUCGCCUGCCGUCCAGCGUUUCGCUCGAUGUUCAGAGCACUAGCUACACUGCGGUAGAAUCCCUGAUCCUCUCCACCUAUUGUUCACACCUCGAGGCGCUUCCUACGCCCACAUUCACAGCGCUGUCAAUUCAUGUCCCGGACUCAAAUCCGGGCACAAUACGACUUAAUCUGUGGCGACAACAAGAACCUGACGAGUAUACGCACGCACCUGCUCACAAUGCACGCCCGUCUGUCGCUCUGCAGAUUCCUUGUCGCGCCGGAGCGGCGAGUCUGGCUCAGAAACUCAUAGGAAGAGUGGUACUUGAAGACAUUCGCGACCUCACAUACAGCGGUGGUCGCAUCGGAGAGAGCGAAAUCUUUCGCGAAACCUUCCUUCGCGCCCGUUCGGUUACCGACCUGACGAUCAAACAGCAAAACGCAGGAACUUACCUUAUCGCGCUAGGGUACCCGACUACCUCGCAUUCGUCCAGUACCGGAACUGAGAAAGGAUCACCUUCUACCGAUGAUGGCGUGCUCUUUCCUGAAUUGCGCACUCUGACCUGCACGGACAUCAACUUUUCCGAUUAUACCCGUCACACAGGAGGUGCAUUGAAAGUAUUGCACCGGGUUUUGGGCGAAGUUCUGGGCGAUCGCGAUGAGCACGGAUCGACCCUCGCUACCCUCACUAUCGAGGGAUGUGAUGUUGUUGAGGAGUGGAUCGGUGACUGGGACGAGGUCGUUGGAGAAGUUGACUGGGAUUCAGACGAGGGCUUGCUCGAGGAGAGGGACGAGGAGGAGGAGGGGGAAAAUGAAUAUUAUGGAUUUUCCGAUUACGACGACUGGCCAUACUGA